CAAACAGCCUCUUCAUCUAAGCCAACAAUUCAGUCUUUAUCCUGAGGGUGGCAGAAGUCUAGGAAAGAGAAGAGAAGCAACUUGGUAGAAAUUGCCGUUUUGAGGGCUCUCCGUGGGGCAUCUUGUUCUGAGUCAAGAUUCCUCCUUCUGAAUGUGGGACUUUCCAGAAGGACCGCAGCUCCUUCCAUGCAUCCACUUGGCCUGGGAUGUGCUGGAUUUUGGUUGUCGAAGGAGUUCGCCUGCUUCUCCGGAGAAGGAUGGCCACGUGCUUCCUAUGGAAUCUGCUUCUCUGGGAAGCUCUUAUUCCCAUUGCAGUGAUUGGUGCUCAAGUGCUGAGCAAGGUGGGGGACUCCGUGCUGCUGGUGGCCGAGCAUCCUCCUGGCUUCCAAGUCCGAGAGGCCAUCUGGAGAUCUCUCUGGCCUUCGGAGGAGCUCCUGGCCACGUUUUUCCGGGGCUCCCUGGAGACUCUGUACCACUCCCGCUUCCUGGGCAGAGCCCAGCUGCACAGCAACCUCAGCCUGGAGCUCGGGCCCCUGCAGUCUAGAGACAGUGGCAAUUUCUCGGUGCUGAUGGUGGACACAGGAGGUCGGGCCUGGACCCAGACCCUGCAGCUCAAGGUGUAUGAUGCGGUACCCAGGCCCACGGUUCAGGUGUUCAUUGCUGUAGCAGGGGAUGCUCAGCCCCUCAAGACCUGCCAGGCCUUCUUGUCCUGCUGGGCCCCUAACAUCAGUGACAUCACCUAUAGCUGGCGACGGGAGGGGACAGUGGGCUUUGGUGUUGAGCCACAGAGCCUCUUCACAGACGGACAGGUGCUGAGUGUUUCUCUGGGACUAGGAGACAAGGACGUGGCCUAUUCCUGCAUUGUCUCCAACCCUGUGAGCUGGGACUUGGCCACAGUCACCCCCUGGGAGAGCUGCCAUCACGAAGCAGCACCAGGGAACGCCUUCUACAAGGAUAUGCUACUGGUGGUGGUGCCCAUCUCGCUGCUUCUGUUCCUCGUUGGUCUCUUCUUCGCGUGGCACUGUGGCCUCUGCUCAGGGAAAAAGAAGAGGGACGCCUGUACUGACCGAGUGGCUGCAGAGACAGAGAACCCCCUUGUGUAGAAAGUGCCAGGAGAGACAAUAAAAUCUGACCACUGGGUCAAGAGGAAACCCCCUGUCCAAGCACAUGAUGCUCCCGGGACACAGCUGGUACCUGGAAACCUUCAGGGACCUUCUACCUCCUAUGACAUUCCUGGCACAGCCUGGGCAGCUGUCACACUGGCAAGACAAAGUAUUGGCAUAAACUCCGACACCUCUCCCUUCUUUCUCCUCACUGUUCACGUCCUGGCUCUCACUGCUGGACAAGAUGGGGCUAACAGGACGUUCCCUCAAGAACACCAGGAGGCCGGGAAUGGUGGCUCAUGGCUGUGAUCCAACCUCUCUGAAGGCUCAGGAGGAUUGCAGUGUGAAGCCAGCCUGGGCAGCUUAGCAAGACCCCGACUCAAAAAGAACGAUAAUGAAAAAGGCUGAGGAUGUGGCUUGGUGGUAGAGCACCCCUGGGUUUAGACCCAAUACUACCAGAAAACAACGACACGGGAUGUUCUCCAAGAUCACAUGGACACGGAUUAUUCAAGACACUCACCAUUCCCCAAAGAACUGCCUCCAGCUCUGGUCCUGGGCUUUAAAAGACAUUAACAGGGGUUGGGGUUGUGGCUCAGCGGUAGAGCGCUCACCUCGCACGUGCAAGGCCCUGGGAUCGAUCUUCAGCACCACACACAAAUAAAUAAAUGUAUAAAAUAUACAUAUAUAAAUGUUUUUUUUAAAAAGGCAUUCAGCACUUGAACAGAGAAAAUUAAUCACACACUACCAGUUCCAGUCUAGCCUCCAGCCCGAUACUUAUUAUGAUUAAAAGAACAGGGUCUCAAAUAAGUGAAGCUGAGAGGUGGGGGACAGGGAUUUCUCUUUCUGCCCUGAAGAACUUUUAGGUUCACGGCCCCUCAAAAAUAUUUUGCAGUUGAGGUUGACUAAGAACGGUUGACAUGCCAUAUGAUUGGAACGAAAGCCAUUUGGCUGGUAACAUCUUAUUAAUAGGCAUCCUCACCAUCUCCAUUGACCUUCACCCCUCUUUCAGGAUCUAGGGGAGGAGGGGCAGAGUGUGACAUUAAGGUUCUCUCCUCACUCUCUAGCACAGUGACUGAAAAUAUAUACUGAAAUACUGAAAAGGUAUGCUGAAUUUGCCUCAACCAAUAGGAAGUUCUUGCUCAACUUCCACAAAAGCAGCUCAGCUCAGGGUAAGUCUUUCUGCCUGAGACUUGGAGUGAAGAUCCAGGAAAAGCUACAGAGAAGGAAAAUUAGGGAGAGGAGGGGUGCUGAGGCUUUUUAGACUCUACCAUUUUCCUUUUCAGAUGCAAGUGUAGAAAAGCUACCCAAGUUCAAGGAGAGAGACAAAGAGCCCACCAUUCAAUGGGAGGCUGUCAAGGUCACCUUGACAUGUGGAAUAGAAGAUGUUACUGUGGCCAUCUUUGGAAAAUACAUUCUGCUACUGAGUGGAUCUGUCUGGAAAAGCUCUGGGCUGUUUAUUGCCACCAGAGAGUGGGAGGAACUUGAGGAGCUAAAGUUACCCCCACCCCCGAAUUAGUAGCUAAUAAAAUUCGCAGUCAACUCCCA